AAUCAUUUAAUGAUAAACGUUUAAUAAAAUACUAUAUAUAUGAUAUUUAAAAUCAAUUAACAAAUCACAUUUAAGAUAGUUUUGAAAAUAAGAGGCCUCUUUUAACGGGAACAAUUUCAUUCCUACCUACGCUCAUGCCUCAGUAUUGACAGCGCCGCUUGAGCUAGUGCUGGAAAACUCCUGUAGUUCACAGCUGUGCCGGCAAAACAAAAACACAUCUGCUCGAAGUUUCUUGAAUAUUCCAUGAUUUUUUGGGAUUUAGCAAGUUACCGAUGAGACACCACGAGAAUGGAAGAUAGAAACGAAGAGAUCGAACCCUGCAGGAGCAUCGGGCCAGGGCCCCACGAGCUGGAUGUGGUAAAAAGCCAGGCGGUGAUUAAGUUGUCACCCGUGCAGCUACCCGCCCACUUUAAGCGGCUGGAAUGCAACACUAACUUGAAUCUUCCGCCUCUCAACUGGCUAACUACAUCGCACAGUAGCCAUGGAUUGCAUCAGGCCUUGUACCAAAGUGCCGGAUUCGCCAGUUUUCGGCUGGGCCAGAUGUUUCCCGACUGCGUGGGUGAGGUGGAUGUGGUCAGCGAUGCCGAGAACAUUAAGCAGCUACUCAAGUUGCCUUAUAGCGCACAGAGCGCCAUCAGCAUGGUGGUGCAUAAAGUGGGCAACACACUGCUCCUGGAUGAGUUUGACAUCCAAAAGUAUCUGCUGCGAAAGGCCGAUGACGACUGGAAGUGGCUUAGAUCUUUUAUUCUGGAGCACGUCCUGACAUACGGGGAUACACAGCACAACUACUGCCUAAAGGAGCGAUCCCGCGAAGCUCUUCAAACCAAGAAUCUUCUGUCAAAAUUUCUCUAUCACAGUCUAAAGCAGACUGGCGAUGAGUUGGACUACGAUGUGGCCACCACGCCCACUCAAUUGACCAGUAGGCGACAGGGAUUGCCCAUCACGGGACCAGUUCUUCCGGAACCCAAGAUAGAGGAGAACGUGCCGGACCCAAAGUCCAGUCAUGCCUUCAAUAGGAACGUGGUCUGGACCUUUGAGGAUAUACGUAUGCUCAUCGGCACAGAUAUGCCUAUUUUCGGAGGACCUAAUAGACCGUGCAUCAGCUUACGUUUAAGGGAUGCCGCCCAGCCCAUAAACGUGUUAACUGGCAUCGAUUACUGGUUGGACAACCUCAUGUGCAAUGUGCCCGAGGUGGUGAUGUGUUACCAUUUGGACGGAAUUGUGCAGAAGUACGAGAUCAUCAAGACUGAGGACCUGCCCUACCUGGAGAACUCGCAGUUCUCACCCCAGGUUGUCCGCAACGUGGCCCAAAACAUUCUGGCCUUUCUCAAGGCCAAUGCUACAAAGGCGGGGCACACCUACUGGUUGUUCAAGGGGCGCAACGAUGACGUGGUCAAGUUGUACGAUCUUACCACUUUAUGCCAAAGUCAGGCGGCGGAGAAGUCUGAAGGUGAUCCGCCACAGCAGCAAGUAAAUCCCUUUACCGUUCCGGUUGGCAUGCUGCUUUAUUCGGUGGCUCGUAACAUGAAGAAUACACUGCCACACAUCAGUCCCAAAGCUGCGGGUAACAUCCGAGCCCUUUUGGAUAACUGCAUCAAGCUGCUGCCGAAGGAACAGUAUCCCCAGAUCGUUAGCUCCUCACACUAUAUACUCUCGGAUCUUCAUGUGCCCGCGGGCAUUGAUCCUAAAGCCCCUAAGUUCGAGGAAGUUGAUUCCGACGAUCAAUCGUUGUAUGACGACGAUGAAGACGAUGAAGAAGAGGACUAUGAAGAUGAUCUCCUCGACUACUCAAGCGAGAAGAUUUACCAAAGCAGCGAGGAGGGCGGUGGAAAGGCCAACGUGGCUGUGCGUCAUAUUUGUGAUGCCCUCAGGGACUUUAAAUCCAAUGCCAAGAAGUCUAAACCGGCUCCCCUCUUAGCUACAACUGCUGAGCGUUGUAGCAUUUCUUUGGAGCACAUUAGUGCUGGUCUAUCCUGCCUGCAGUAUUUUAACGGGAGCCAGGAGGAGAAGCUGAAGGAGUCGGAGACAAACGCCAAGCAGGAGGAAAAGCGGCGAAUUCUGCACGAGGAGCAGAAUCCCAACAUGUCUAAGCCUUUCAGUCCAAUUCCCCUACCCUAUGAGCAGCUGAAGCCUAACCAGCAGCCGACGCAAGUUAUAAAAAAGCCAAGCUCUAAGGCUAAACGAAGCAAGUCCAAGGAACUAGCUACCACUGCUAAGUCUAAGUCCGUUGAUGCCAGCAACCGGCAGAUGAGUGCUAAGUUUAACACGCAGAAUUUCGGCUCCUGGAAUGUGCACUUGAAACUUCUUCUGUUGGAAAAGGCCUGUCUAACAUUUGCAACUUUAGCUGAGCACUAUUAUGAAUCCCAAAACUAUGGUUACACAUUGCGCUCCAUUGAGCUGGCCUGUCGCUGCCAACAGGUACUUAACAAGUACAUGGCCAAUGUGGUUUCACAGUAUAGCUGUUUGCUGGGCCGGGCAGGCGACUGCUUCUUCCAGAUGUCAAAACACUGGGAGGCCAUCGAGGAAUAUACCCAGCAAUACGAGGAGCAGGACGCAUCGAUUGGCGUUAUUGGCGACGAGCUGGCGCAAGAGUUGGAUGGAGGGGAGGAGGAGCUGCCCUCCCUUGCACCGGCCAAAAGUUUAGAGCAUGUUAUGCUGCACAGCUGUAAGUGUUACGAACAGGCAUUGGAACAUGCUCAGAAAACGGAGAGCAAUGAACUACUUCGUCGAUUGGGAAAUGUGCGGAAUGAACUGGGCCUCAAGUACAUGUACUGGGCUCAAGAGGAGUACAGUGAGUUGAUGAAGAAGAAGGAGUCCUCUAAAGCUUCUGGGGAUGGCCAACCUGAGGAAAACCAAAAUACGGAUCCAUCCGAGCCGUUGUAUGUCAAAUUGACAGUAAAUUCUUAUGAUUGCCUACGUCGAGGCAUAGAAGCCUUCACUGCCGUGGAAGAUAAUGUCAAUCUGGCCUUUUUAUAUUGUAAUAUGGGCCGGUUUAUGCGCCUGCGUGCCCAUCUCACAAUGCCUAAUGAGAGCGCCAUUACUUUAGACAGCCAAAAAGUCUUUUACAGCGAGGCCUUCAAUUAUUACGAAAAGGCCAAGGAUUGUCUAGAUACUCGUAAAGCAAAUGCUGAGCUGUGGGACCUUGUCCACUGGGAACUAUCCACUGCCACCUUUACAUUAGCCAAACAACUUCAGGACUACAGCUCAGCCGAUAAAUCAAGCUUAGUUGAUGCCUCUAAAGAAGUGCUGGAAUUGCUUCAAAAAUCUUUGCGACUUUGCGAUGUGGAGCACGCGGGUGCGCGCCAAGUACUCUACAGUUUUCGUUCGGGGCUGAUACACAAAAGGAUUGCCUCCUUCCACUAUUCGCAACUGCGUUCACAUGGCUGUUGUGAUUUCUCUCAGCUGCCCAAGUCUACUCUACAACUAUGCAAAUACCACUACGAGAAGGCCACCCAAAUUCUGGAAGCUCUCAAGGAGGUGGGAGAUUUGUUAGUGGUGCAGCUAGAGCGGAUUUCCCUUCACGAAUUUCUGGCCGAACUUUCCACUCACACCGCUCAGAAGAUCAAGCAAAUGCAAGCGGCUUUGGACAUUUGUUUACAGUGUCAAUUCAUUUUUACCCACGUCAUCGAUACUAACAGUGGCCAAGUGGCCGAUGACGAGUUUGCCGGCCAUUUGACACUCUUUGAGAGCCGAUUGCAAAAUGCUCUAAAGACACUUACGAAGCUCACGCUGACCGGCAAGGAUCCCAAGCAGUUGUCAAAGCUGUACAAGCGCAUGUAUAUGGAAACCUUGACUGGGAAACAUGGCCUAGGGGCCCAGCAAUUGCCGACAGCUUGCUUAAAGCAUUUGCACAUGCUGCUCGCCCGGCUGCGGGCCAUGUGCGAUACCCAGCUGGCCCGCGACUAA